UAAUUGCCAGAUGCCGAUUAUAAAACGUUGUUUUUCAAACGGCGGAGCCCUGUCCCGCCAUGGAUUUAUUGAAGAGAAGUCGGUGGCCAAUUCGCUAUUAAAAAAACUGGCUCAAAUAAGUACCCAGGUGGUCCAGGAUAUAGUAGACGAUUCAGACCAGGAGGUUGGCGGUAUAACGACUACCACAAUUUUGGCGCGAGCUCUCGUAAAUGAGAGCAACCAAUUUAUAUCCAAAGGCGCCGAUCCCAAAGAAAUUCGGGUCGGCAUCAUGGCAGCAGUUGAAAUGGUCAUUAAGCAACUUAAUGCCAUGGCUCGCCCCAUCAACAGACCUGAGCAGCUUCUUAGAGUGGCCAUAACAUCGGCACAAGGUGAUCGGGCUAUCGGAGGUCUGAUCUACCAGACCAUCAACACAAUUGGACUGGAUGGACAGAUCUGCAUACGGAACGCGAAUACCAUCGAUGUAGAGCUGCGUUUCUGUGAUGCAAUUAAAUUCCGGCAGAGCUAUAUCUCGCCGAGCUUCAUCAACACUCCAAGCCGAUCCCUGGUAGAAUUCGACAGUGCUUUGCUCUUCAUCUGUCGCAAUACGCUCACUCGGGCGGAGAGCAUUGUGCGUGCCAUGGAACUGGCGGAAUUGAAGCGUAUGCCCCUGCUGAUUAUUGCAAAGGACAUUGUGGAUGAGGCUUUGAACCAUUUGGUGUUACAGCGCAUAAAUGCGAAUGCGAAGGUGGCUGCUGUUAAGGCCCCUUGCUUAGGCCGGUGGGGCCUCACAGAUAUUGCCAUGGCCUCAGGUGGCGCUGUCUUCCCCAAAAAUAAUGAGCCGGAGCCUGAACCAGCCACCAUCAACAUCUACAAUCUCGGCCAGGUAGGAUAUGUGACCAUCACGAAAGAGGACACUCUGCUGAUUCAGGGUUAUGGCGAUGAGAAGGCCAUCGUAGACCGUAUCGAUGCCAUCGAGAAAGAGAUUCGCUGGUCAUCCUCUCAAUCCCAGAAAAAGAUUCUAGAGGAACGCAUGGCUCUUCUCGACACUAGGGUCGCUGUCUUCUUGGUCGGCGGUUCCAGCGAGGGCGACAAAGAAAAGAAAAAGGAUCUUAUCGCCAACGCAGUUAGGAUCACGAACGCUGCCGUCGAAGGGGGCCUCGUCCCCGGUGGAGGUACUGCCCUGAUCCGGUGCAUGGAACAUCUGGAGAGCUUGAUAGUCGAAAACAAAGAUCAGAGCCUCGGAGUGGAUACCGUGCGUCGAGCCCUACGCAUGCCGUGCUGGACUAUUGCACAGAAUGCGGGACUCGAUGGGGACGAGGUGGUAUAUAUUGUGGAGACGGCCCCCAUGUAUGAGGAUUUUGGAUACGAUGUGGUGUCAGGAAAAUACGGUAGCAUGUCCAUGAAGGGUAUCAUGGAUCCAACCAAGGUGGUGUGCACUGCCAUCAAAAAUGCCGCCGGUAUGGCCUCGCUCCUGAUCACCGACCACGAGUAUAUGAUCUCCAAUAAGUAGUUGUGCCCCAAACAAUACAUUAUAUUUUUUUAAGGUUCAGUAAAAGUUUAAG